AUGCCGUACAUUGAACUUCCGUCGAAGGGGUUGUUGUCAGUGCAUCAGCAGCAGAAUGAUGUGGCAGCGGCACACUCAACAUUCAAGCUAAUCAUACGUACUACGGUCUGUGCCACUCUUUUCGCGAUUCCCUUUUGUGUCUCCAUCCCAUCCUCACCGCUGCUGAAGUUGUCGCAGACGCAGGAUACGAAGAAGACUCUUAUCCCACGCAUGAUGAGUGAUUUCUUCUACGUGAACUUCAUCGCCAGUUGGUGUGCGUAUUACUUUCUCGUCGAGCCGCGCAUCACAAAUGAGAAGGCGAAGAAGGGCUUCACACCGUACCUUGGGCCCAUUACGGCACAAGUGCCGGGGCUGUCGUGUCUCUUCGCCUCACACCUGUUCUACCCAGGCAUGUGGGCAGUAUUCAACGAGCGUACAUGGAAGGAGCGCAGGCGGGAGUAUGUUCGACUUACCACAAAGUGCUUCUGCGCAUAUGCGCCAAUUCAUGUUCCGGCUGCAGUUGCUGUUGGUGGAGUGGUUGGCCUUGUGUUGUGCCCGUUUAAAAUUCUCAAGAAGCGGUGA